AUGACUGCCAGGUGCCUAGUCAUGCCACAUGGCAGAUGCGGUGAGGGAAUUGGUCGUAUAAAGCUCCCUACAGCCAAUAUGUCGAUAACUCUAGAGCUCAACGAGUCCCAGAUUCCACUUCUCCAUAGAUUCCUAGCAACCAUAAUAGCUCGCAUUAAGCAGCUUUUGUCUCGUUUCGCUCAGCUCUCCGAACUGAGCGAAGUUGUACCCGAAUCAGACAGGGAGUUGCGCUGGCAGAUGGAUCUCCUCCUUCGGCAGUGCAGCAUGGAGCUCUCCUGGUGUGUCCAGACUUACGAAACGUACAAGCAACUCCAGGAUAUGAUCCAGCCAUCUUCAUCAACAGUUGAUGGCCUCUGGACUGAGGCGUAUGGAUUGUAG